UUGCAUAGACAGUAUUUUUUUUGAAUUGUAGAAAGUCAGUGUUUGUUCUUUACAAAUGUGUUCCUUUGAUCUCUCACAGCCAUCUGCUUAAAAGAAAAACUCUCAGAAACAUGAUUUGCUUAUGGUUCCUAUCUCUUCUUGCUUAUGGACUUACGCUACUGCAGGGAGUGAAUGGUUGGACAUACCAUUAUUCAGACACAAACAUGACCUACAGGGAAGCAGAGCUGUGGUGCAAAAAGAGAUAUACUAACAUGGUUGCCAUUCAGAAUAAGGAGGAAAUCAACUAUCUCAAUAAAUUCUUACCCUUCAAUCCGGGUUACUACUGGAUUGGAAUCAGAAAAAUUAAUGAGGUAUGGACCUGGAUUGGAACUAACAAAGAACUGACAGAAGAGGCAAAAAACUGGGCUUCAGGUGAGCCAAAUGGCAAAGGGAACAAUGAGGACUGCGUUGAAAUCUACAUCAAAAGAGGGAAGGAUGAUGGAAAAUGGAAUGAUGAACAGUGUGAGAAAAAGAAGGUCGCCUUGUGCUACACAGCUUCUUGCAACCCAUCUCUCUGCAGUGGCCGUGGAGAAUGCAUAGAGACUAUUAACAAUCACAGCUGCAAUUGUAACCCUGGAUUCUAUGGGCCAGAAUGCGAGUUUGUUGAGAGCUGUGAUCCACUAAAGAAACCUGAUCAUGGGAGCCUCGAAUGCAACCAUCCAUUGCAGAACUUCAGCUACAACUCAUCCUGCACAGUUCAGUGUGAGCAAGGCUAUGAACCGACUGCAUUGGAAUCUGUGUACUGUACCUCUUCUGGGGUCUGGUCUGCCCCCAUUGCAGCAUGCAAAGCUGUGACCUGUCCUGUGUUAGAAGUGCCUCUUCAUGGUGCUGUGAACUGCUCCCAUCCCUCUGUGGAGCUCACCUGGGGUACCACCUGUGAGUUCACUUGUGAGGAAGGAUUUACCCUGUCAGGACCAGCCACACUGCAGUGUGGGUCUUCUGGGGCUUGGGACAGGCAGAAGCCAUCCUGUGCAGCUGUGCGGUGUGAGGCUGUAACCUGGCCAGAAGAAGGUUUUGUGACCUGUGACCACACUCCUGCAGAUCUUGCCUAUCGCUCACGUUGUGAUUUCCACUGCAGUGAGGGCUACGUUCUGGAUGGCCCAUCCAGUAUUGAGUGCACAGCACAGGGACAGUGGUCAGAGCCAGUGCCAGUAUGCAGAGCUGUGACCUGUCCUGUGUUAGAAGUGCCUCUUCAUGGUGCUGUGAACUGCUCCCAUCCCUCUGUGGAGCUCACCUGGGGUACCACCUGUGAGUUCACUUGUGAGGAAGGAUUUACCCUGUCAGGACCAGCCACACUGCAGUGUGGGUCUUCUGGGGCUUGGGACAGGCAGAAGCCAUCCUGUGCAGCUGUGCGGUGUGAGGCUGUAACCUGGCCAGAAGAAGGUUUUGUGACCUGUGACCACACUCCUGCAGAUCUUGCCUAUCGCUCACGUUGUGAUUUCCACUGCAGUGAGGGCUACGUUCUGGAUGGCCCAUCCAGCACUGAGUGCACAGCACAGGGACAGUGGUCAGAGCCAGUGCCAGUAUGCAGAGUUGUACAGUGUGAACCACUGAGCUCUCCUGAGAAAGGCUCUAUGGAUUGCUCACAUGGUGCUGGGAACUUCACAUACAACACAGCAUGCCACUUCAGCUGUCUAGAAGGAUGGAUGCUGAAUGGUUCUCAUGUUCUUGAGUGCAGUCAUUCAGGAAACUGGAGUGCAAGUCUGCCCACAUGUGAAGCUUCUGAACAAGUCAGCUAUAUCUCUGUGGGCAUAGCAGCCACAAGUGCCUCUCUGUUGUCCACAGCAUCAUUCCUCCUUUGGCUUGCAAGACAUUUCCGAAGAAAAGCAAAGAAAUUUACUCCUUCCAGUAGCUGUCAGAGCCUAACCAUUGAAGGUAGUUUCCAAAGUGCUGGCCAGACUGUCUAACUCCAGGUGUUUCAGGAAUUGAAGCCAUCUUUACUUUUGUCUCAGAUUCUCAGAGAAUGAAACUGCAUGCAAAUCAGCAGCUGUCCAGAUGUUUUUACCUCUUGCUGACAAGAUGAUUGACCUUGUGUAUUGUUCAGAAAUGUUGAACUCAAGCUGUCUGGUAUUUCCAUUGAAGACAAGCAGAGUAAAAACCUCUGGCCUGCUGGCAAAAUACUGUCUACAUUAAGUCAUGUAGUUAUCAUAACUGGGAGCUUGCCAUCUCUUGUCCAGGUGGUGAGCAAAUGGUAAGCUGCUGCCUAAAGAGGAGGCUGGUUUCUCCUCUGGGCUACUCAAAGGUACCUAGGUGAGGUGAAGACAUGCAUUAUUUCACAUCACUUACUACACUGCUGGAGAUGUCUUCUCUGGAGACAUAUAGAUUACACUUGCGGAAACAGAAUAAUCAGGAUAAAUAUUCAUUGAAUAGUUUUGAAACCGUUGAUCUGGUUUGUUGUUGAAGUCAGUUUAUUUUAAGAGGAUGUCCCAGUCAAGAAAUACACCUGUAGUGAUAUGGGCAAUUAUUUGGGUUUCUGCUGCAUAUCCCAGAAAGCUUGGGACUUUAAACUUACUUUUUUUUUUUUUUUUUUUUAAUGUAAUAGCACUAAGAAUUGUAGUGCUUAUAUUAGGUACUCUGGUUUCUGAAUGCAGCAAGUAGAUCCGAAAUGGUCUCAUCCCUGUGGGAUUAUGCACUGUAAAACAGAUGUAUAUGCAAAUAUUUAAUUACAUUUUUUACUGUGGAUAUUUCUGUGCUGUUAACUAAAUGAAUUACAAAAUACUUGUUCUUGAGUAGGUCUGUGGUCACUGAUCUGGCCCCAGGUAAUUUUAAAAUAAUUCAGAGGUGUUUGUAAGGAUUUCAUGCCUGCAUAUUAUUUACAAAUACAGUGGAAGCCUGAGAUAUGUGUGUAUGUAUAUUGCAAGUAUGAUUUAUUAAACUGUUAAAGGAUUUCAAAUGAGAAAGUAUUAAGUUAUGCUUAAGUUAUAAUUAUAAAUUAAAAAUCUUUGUCUUAGAAGCUGAUAUGUAUUAUCCUACCUGUAAAAUUAUUUAAUAAAAUGUUUUAAAUGUAAUGCUCCCUUUUUGGAUAUGUGCACCUUUUAAAUGAUUUAGGUCAGCCCUGUGGGUAUGGCUUCAACAGCAGCGUUUGAGGGGUUGGGGAAAGACUGGCUAAAUAGCGAGACUGUCCCUUACUCAGAUUUUCAUGUUUUCAUAGCAGUCAAGGAAAGAGUAGCCAGCAGAUGGCACUGACAGCCAGAGCUGGACCCCAACCCAGCAUCCCCAGUCCUUAAAAGGAGGAGGGCUCAGCGAUGUGACCCAUAAAGCAGGUUCCUGGACCAGCAGUGAGCUUGGUGAGAGGCAUGCUCGAGA